AUGAAGAAGAUGCAGAAGGAGUUUCGCAACAUCAGGCAGCCGGGCCACAACUGCGACACCUCGCUCUUGGAUCGGAAGUGGAUGUCGGCAGACCUGUCGGUGCCCGACCGAGUGGUGCUGGUGGAAGCCGAGCUGAACUUCACCAUCACGAUGCUGCAGCUCUCCACCCAUCCCGGCUUCACCAAGACACGCAAGCAGCCCCUGGACUUCCUUGCCCGAGCCUGGAAGGAUCUGCAGGGCUGUGUGAGUGCCCCCCGAGUGGCUCCCUCGCAUCAGCCCUCUGGGGAACUGAGCCAGUGGCUGCAGAACCUGCAGGAGGCCAUGGAAAAGGCCCUGUCCCUGCCGCACGAGAACGCCGGCUGCCUGGAGGACUACGCUGUCCGCCACGUCUUUGAAGUGCUGGAAGACCUGAAAUGUGCUGCCCUCCAGGAGGAAUGCUCUUAGCCCCCGCCACCGGCACCAAAGGAUGCCCUGAGGACCGGGAAAAACAACUGCUAUUGCAUCGCUGGACUGUACUUAAGCCUUUUUCUUACUCAUGUGAGCUCAGGGAACAAUUUUUUUUCACAGUCUUUUAAGUUAUUGGGGUUUAUUGUGUACUUAUAAAUGGCUCAGGAGGAGUUGAAGAAAUGCCCCUCCUGAAAGAAUGGCAAUGAAUGUUAUUUAUUGGAUAUCUUUAUUUUGCUAGUUUUCAAAAUGUUUUUAAGGAAAUCUAUUUUUUCACCUGCUAUUUAUUACAGAGUAUAUUAUGCAUAUUUUUCUGUAUAAAU